AUGGAACUCAUUUUCAAAGAUGUCUUUUUUCACUCUUUUACUUUUGCUAAUUGCAGGUUUAUCUUUUCAAAAGCCCGUAAGUAUAGACUGCAAUGCUAUUACACAGAAUCAGGUAUCUUAAAUGACAUAUUCAAUGUUUCUCGGUACUGGAAGUCUGGUAAGUAUCAUCAGUCAAAUCAGUGGCUGCAUGGUUGGUUGAGAAGGGAAAUCCAAGCUCUGAUGCAGGAGGAAGAUGUUGAAAUUGUUGUGCAUCACAUAGUUGGUGUGGUUGAUUCAUUUUUGAGGAGAAACGAGCAUAUGAGACGAGUAGAAAAACCUGAAGCAAAACAACAAGACUUGAAGGCUCUAGUCUCUGAUGCGGCAAGACCUUUUCUAAUGGCAAGAACAGAUCGAUUUGUGAACGAGAUGGAACCUUUUCUUGCUUCUGGGUUUAACAUUGAAGCCUAUGAUGCAGUCUACAUGCAACGGUUGGGUUGGAACACUCCCAGAGUAACUAUCGAGUCCACGGAAAGGGAAUCCAGUGGGCAGGCCCCUGUAAUAGUCCCAUACUUGUAUAUCUUCGAUGAGGAUUCGGAUGGAACUGAUUGAAUGUUUUCUUACUAUUUCUGAAGUUUGUAUUGACUUCCAUUAUUAUGAGUUGAUACUUUGUUGCCAGUUCUUGAUAUUUGAAGUCAGAAGAGGAUCCUUGCCUUGAAUCAAUUGA